AUGCAUGUCUGUUUUGUCCGGUGUGCUACUCAAGGGCGCAUCACUAGGCUCCUGCGAUACUGGGAGGCUCGGAAUUUGAAACACGGCGGUGACCUGAUGUGGGUCGACAUGCUGAUGGUCGACGUCAGUGCGACCAUAAUGCAAGCCACCAUCUAUGCUAACCGGAUUCCAAGAUUCCGGUCUAAGCUUGCCUCUGGGAAGAUGUAUUCCAUCUCCGGUUUCGAUGUGGCUAGAUGUGCUCAGAAUUACAGGCUUUCUAAAUCCCCUUUGCUGAUCCGAUUUAAUGAUUUAACCGAUUUUGAUGAGCUGACCGAGCCGGUUUCUCCUUUGCCUGAAAAAGGAUUCCGGUUCAGCAAUCAAUCUGAACUCGCCGGAUUAGCUAACCCGAACGCACAGCUGCCAGGUGAGAUCACUUCGGUUAAGAGUACUGUGAGCGAUACUCUUGGAGACAAGAACUGUGAAACAACGGUCACUCUAAGCCUAUUCGAUGCUCAAGCUGUGUCUUUCCACAAAAAACUUGAAGACAUGCAUGGUGAUCCAAGGGUGCUUGUCACAAUGGAUACAAUGAGCAAAACAAGAUCAAACGAGGUGAUCACCAACAUCGAUCUUCUGAACGAGCUUAAGGAUGGGGGCCUAACCGUAGAUGCAGAGCUUGCUCGUUUGAAGGAGAUGGAAGGAGAUUGUGAAGAGUCGACAAAUAAGGAAAGGACACGUUGA